AUGCAUAAUUCACCUUCGCCGCCACACGGUACAAGCAUUCUUGAACAAGCUUCAGUUUAUGCCGCGAAAAAGAAGAAGGAAGUCCGCGAAAAAGAAGAAGGAAUUCUGAAGAACAUCGAAGAAUUUUCUUUAGCUGAUCAGGAACUUUUAUUAAACGUAACAGUGAAUUCAGAUCUUGUCCUAAAGUAUCCUUUAAAACUAGAGUAUCAAAAGGCAUUUUUGAAACUGAUUCUUGGGAAAUUAGAAAAAGGCAACUUGAAAGGGUCGAUUGAAAUACAUGAUGACUUUUAUUCGGCUUAUGGAAGGAUAAUAUCAAGAAAUGAGUCAAAUUCUGAGUAUUUUAAACACUAUGUUGUUGAUACUGAUGUAAUAUCUUUAAAGGAAAACAUAAACUUAAUAUCAGAAGGGACAACAGGAUUAAAAACAUGGCAGGCAUCUCUAGCUCUUUCUGAGUGGGCUUUGAAGAAUAAGAAUUAUCUCAAAGAUAAAACUAUUCUGGAAUUAGGAUCAGGAAUAGGCUUAACUGGACUUGUAAUUGCACUGAAGUGUAUACCUAAGAAAUAUAUCUUCUCUGAUUGUCAUAUUUCUGUUUUAAAAAACUUGUGUCAGAACAUUGUAACAAACACUAGUGAAAAUCGUGAUAACUUUAGGCUUGAAGAUAAUGUGGUUCUGGAAGUUGAAUUAAAAAGUAGUGUUAAAUUAUCAGCUUUAAAUUUACCUUGGGAAGAAGUAGACUUAAGUAUAUGUAACAAGAUUGGGAAUAUUGAUAUAAUACUUGCAGCAGAUGUAGUGUAUGAUAGUGAUUUGUUUAGUUCCUUACUAAAUUCACUGCAGUGUUUUGCUAAAUAUUGCAAAACUAAAGAUAUUAUUUUUGCUUGUACUGAAAGAAAUCCCGAGACUUUAAACAGCUUCUUGAAGUGUAUUGGGGAACAUUUUGUUGUAACUGAAGAAAAGUGUCCUGCUCAACAACAUUUUAUUUGGAGUCCUACACCUCAAGUUAAAUUUUUCAGAUUUAUUUUAAAAUAA